UCUGAACACAUCCACCCCAGCAGACUCAAGUUACACACCACACACACUGCAUCAUGAGUAUUUAAGACCCAGUCCAAUUAGCUGUUGCCCUCUAGUACUGUCUUCCUCCUCCACAAGCACCUGAGCUUCAUUUACACAUCACACAAGGGCCUUAUGCAGGUUGAAAAUGUCACAGAACACUCCAAUAUAACCUACUUUAUUGUAUAGAUUAGAACAUACAUUCUCUGUGUUGUAGUACAAGACUAGAAUUUGGACUAAUGGCAGGUAGCUAUACUGUAUUGUUGGCGUCAUUACUUGUGUAAUGUUUAACCAACAUAUUACAUUUGCUAUAGAUGUUAUCACCAUCCCAAUGUUGCUCUUAGGCACAUAUCUAUGAUCUGCUUCGCCUACCUUUUACAAAGCCUAAGCUUAACCAUUAGGGGAAACCAAAACUCUUAUAUACACCCAGAAUGCAAUGUUUAUUUUGUUGAUCAACUGUUGAACAUUAGUCUAGGCUACUGGAGAGUGGAAAGUAGGUUUGUCUUUUGUGAGUAAAUAAAUACACAACACUGACAUAAAGGCACAAAAGUGGCAUCGGUUGCUGUCACGGCUUGAUAGAACCAAGAAGACCAUUGAGGAUGGAAAGCGAAACAAGCACUAUUUAGACAUGAAUUUGCGGGCUGCAGUUGCACACUAUUGGACUAUAAGUCUGGUGGGCUGGAUGUAGAAUUUACUGAAUGGAUAUACCUGAGGUGGGGGAAGUUUACAAAACAAGUCCCACCUCCUGAUUAAUCAUUGGAGAGGAAUCGUAUUCAUAUAUGGGCUGAAGAGCGAUAGUAGAUUAAUGGACUUUUCCAUGUUUUUUGUUUCAAUAUUUUAUGGCAAGAUAUUUAAUUUCACAUUAGCCUGCAAGUUGUUUAGUUAAAUGGAUUGCUCCUAAUUAACUUUUGAGCAUCCGUGUCGUUACAGUCCGUCGUGUUUUGCUCCCGCUGACUGGCAGCUGGCAAUGUAUGGUAGUAGUCUAUGACUUUCUGAUGUAAGUGUAGCUAUUGGAGUUGGUGGAUCAGAAAAUUAAGUUCGAGAGUGCGUGUCACGUUUUCACAUUUUACCGACAAUUCGGAGGAGUAGGCUACACGCUAUGGAGAGUGAAACGAACGGUAACAUCUCGAUUACUUCCCAGCUUCACCUGAACAACAGCACCAAUGCGAAUGACAGGGUGGACUCGUAUGGGUUUGAGAUGCCUGAGGGUUAUGAGUCCUAUGAGAAGAUGAUGGCUGAGUAUGUUGCCGUGCUCACCAGAAGGUCCUUCAAGUGGUCUAAACUCCUACAGGGGAAAGUCCACGUGGAGAAGAACCUGAAGGUGAAGCGGUACGUGCGUAAGGGUGUGCCCAACGAGCACCGAGCCCAGAUCUGGAUGGCAGCCAGCGGGGCCCAGGAGCAGCUGGAAAAGAACCCAGGGUACUACCACACUCUGCUGGGCACCGAGCAGCAGCACGAUGCCAAGCUGGAGGAGACCGUCAGGAUAGACAUGCACAGAACGUUCCCUGACAACGUGCAGUUCCGGAACAGCUCAGAGCCCUGUCUGCAGAAGGCCCUGUACAACGUGCUGCUGGCGUAUGGACACCACAACCAGGCUGUGGGAUACUGCCAGGGUAUGAACUUCAUUGCAGGCUACCUCAUCAUCAUCACUAAGGAUGAAGAGAAGUCCUUCUGGCUCAUGGACUCUUUGUUGGGAAGAAUACUCUCUGACUACUACAGCCCGGGCAUGCUGGGGUUGAAGACGGACCAGGAGGUGUUGGGCGAGCUGGUGAGGGUCAAAGCCCCAGCUGUGUGGCAGGCCAUGGCCCAACACAACGUCAUGUGGACCCUGGUGGUCUCCAGGUGGUUCAUCUGCCUCUACAUCGAUGUCCUGCCUGUAGAGACAGUUUUGCGGAUCUGGGACUGCCUGUUCUACGAGGGCUCUAAGAUCCUGUUCCGCGUGGCCCUGGCUCUGAUCCUCCACCACCAGGCUGAGAUCCUGCAGGCCCGCUCCAUGGUCGAGGUGUGUGAGCGCUUCAAACUGAUCACCCAGGGAGCCUUCACAUACGACUGCCACACCUUCAUGCAGGAAAUCUUCAGGGAACCAGGAAGUCUCUCCAUGGCAACCAUCACUAAGCUAAGGGAGACAUGCCGAGAACACAUAGUGGCUGAGAUGUCCAGACUCCACCCUUGACCACUAAUAACCAAGGCAAUCACCCUGUGGUUAUCCUGGGCUUGUUCCAGGUCAUCUUCAUUGCAGUUGCGCUACAGAUGAUAAGAUUUCACAUCUGGAGAAACAACCGUUAUCUCAGGAACCACAUAAAUAUGAUGACAUGGCAAUCACUCUUCUGAGAUGCUGAAUUGAGCUGCGUGAUUGUAGUACCCCCAUCUAGCCAAAUAUGAUUUGUAUUGUAAAAAGCAUUAAACUGUAUUCUUGUACUUUU